UCUAUCCUUGCCUGCAAUUGACAACUGCAUAAUGCUUUCCUCUCUUCAAACUUUUCGUCAUUGUAAUUGUAAACUCAACCUUGCCGCGUUCUAUACUGUUUUUAACUUUCUGAAGCCGUAGAAGGAACUAAUUGUCCAUCGUCUAUCUACAAUUACACCUUCCGAAAAGAAAGUAAACAAUUAUAUAUUUUACCAUGGCCGGUCCUGCUGUCAGACAGCAACGCCGGAAGACAUCUACAAAGCCCAAGGUCGCUACCCCCAAGCAGAAUGCACCAUCGAGCAUUAGCACCUUCGCCCGUGUUUCAAAGUCGGUAAAUAGCGUUGAUAUUAAGAAUGAGCUCGUUCCCGUUUCUACGCCAAAGAAAGAUGUCAACAUCGAGGCGCUCACGCCCGCUUCCCGAAAGAGAAAAGUGGUCGCAAGUAUUGAGGACGAAUCCUCAGCUCCUGCCAUCAAGAUACAAAAGACUAAACCUACACAACCUACGACUAUAUCGCAACCUACGAAACGUGGCCGUGGUCGUCCCUCGAAAAAGGCUUACCCUAAACCUACACAACCCGAGCCUACGCCCCUUGAGCCUAUACUCCCUAAACCUGUACUGAAAAAACGCGCAAGGAGCCCUAGCAUCUCCGAUUCAGACGAGUCAACCAUCUAUACUGGUGUGUUACUCAAGAGACUCCGCCUUGAGUCAUCACCAUCACGCAGUUCCACUCCGUUUUCAGUUUACACGCCCAUUACCGAACCUGAUAUUGACGAGAGCGAAUCUGUCAUAUCAAGAACUGGGCUUCCCUAUGAGGUCCUAGAUCUUAUUGAUCUGCACUCUUCACUACUAAAGGCCUUGACAUUACACUACGCGCACAAUGGAUCCAAUGUUCCUGCAGAUUUGCGUAUUUUAUGUCCCGAUGUCUCGCGUGCAUGGGGUAGAAGGAAAGUCACUGAAGCGGAUAUACAAACCUGUCUCGGAAUCCUGAACUUCGAAAUGGGGGAUGGCAAACCAUUAUUUUCCCUCUCGGACUACGGUCGAAGCAAGAUUUGCAUUGAGAUUGACUCGGCACAACAUGGUUCCAGCCGUCCGCUAGAGGAGAACAAACUAAACGAUAUAUUCCGCGAGAAUAUAUCUACUCUCUGGACUCGUUUCACAGCAGCUAAAUGUUCCGAUGUUUCAGCUUUCUGUGCUGCGCUCCCCAGGGCUGCCAUCGCACUCUGCGAAUCCGUAGCCAAGGCCGCACCCGUGUUAUCCAAAGGCCAGAAGCGACUCGAGGAGCUAAAACACGGCAUUGCCAUCAAGAAGCAGGAGAAGGAAGCCAAGGCCAAGCUGCAACAGUCUAGCGACGUGCAAAUGUCGAACGCGGAAGCCCCUAAGAUGAACCUACUAGAUCGCAUCCGUCUAAAGUCCCUCCAGAAGUCCUCGCUCCUUGCCGGCAACCUCUCACCUGCGCAGCUGCAACGUCGUGCGGCGCUGCAACGUGCACCUGAAGUUGCUGGUAUGCUGGGUAUGCUAAGCCGCGCAGCUGGCCAGGGCAGCCGUGUGUCGUUCACAAUGGCAGUGACGCUGGAGAAGCUCAAGGAUUCGUUGCGGAUGGGUGUUUCGCGCGAAGAUGGUGCCGCAUGUGUACGUCUACUGGCAAACGAGGUAGCCCCGGAAUGGAUCCGUGUUGUGGUCAUUGGAGGACGGGAAAACGUAGUCUUGGAGACGGAUAGACAGCCUAGCAAGGUGGACGUGGAGGGACGGAUUCGAGGAUUACUGGAGCGGGCGUGAAGUGGGGGAAAUCAUGACGACGAGAGAAAGGUCUGAAGGGCAGGCGGUGGAAAGGGGAUAAAUACAUACUGUGUCCUGGAUGGGGGUGGGCUUUAUAGGCAAGCGAUAUGUCGUUUGACCAUGUUUUAUCAUUGCAUUGCAUAGCAUCGCGUUGCAUAGCCAGGCCGCAGUUUGGCCUGCGUUCUUUCUUUUGCUUGGAGAUACCUCGUCUAAAU